AGCUGUAUUAAUCACAUGGAAUUUUGUAUUAAAUUCUUGUGACAAAAAUAAAAACAAAACAAAACAAAACAAAAAAAAAAAAAAAUGUUGACCAAUUUUAAUGGGAAAAUUUUACGGAUUAAUAAUUUUAGAUUUUUAUCAUCAUCAUCAUCAUCAUCAUCAACAACAACAGCCACAAAUGAAAAUUCAAAACAAAGUAGUGAUAUUAGAUUGAUGAACAACAAUGAUGAGGAUAAUUUUCCCAUAUUAAAAAUUUUACCAUUCGGUAAAGUUAAACGUGAACAAAGGAUUAUAUUGAAAACAGAGGUGAUAAGUCCACGUUAUAAACGUUUAAAAGAUAAUUGUAAUUGGACCAAUGUAUGGCCAACAUCGAGAAAUUUCAAUCCAUCCACCGUACCAUUACCGAUUCAUAUGAGUUUUGUUGAUGAUAAUAAAAUACGUGCACCAGUGGGUAAAUUUAAUAAUCCUGAAUUGUUGAAAAUUCCAAAUUUUCUUCAUCUAACACCUGUAACUGUGAAAAAACAAUGUGAAGCAAUCAAACGUUUCUGUACAAGUUGGCCAAAAUCAUUAAAAACUGAUGAUGAUUGUGAUCGACAUUUUCCAAUCACUAUUCGUACAAAAGAUUUUGUUUUCAGUGGUCCAUCAAUACGUUGGCCAGAAUCAAGAAUAGUUGAAUUAUCAAUUAAACUUUCAGAUUUAAAAUUAAAUGAACAUGCUCAAGAUAAAAUGAAACGAUUAUUAGCACAUCGAUAUAAUCAUGAAACAGAUAUGGCAACCAUUCGAACGGAUAGUUGUCCAUUACGUAAACAAAAUUAUGAUUAUGCUCAUUAUCUACUUACUGCUUCCUAUUUUGAAUCAUGGAAAACAGAAAAAUGGGAAUCAGAAAAAGAAUAUGGUGAUUGGGAACGAUAUUUUUGGAAUCAAAGUAAAUCACGUGAAUCAAUAUUAACAUAUAUGAAACAUGUUAAGCCAGAAAAAUCGAUCGAAGAAUUGGAACAACAAUCAAAUGUUCAACAGUAUGCAAAAGCUGUUACUGAAUUAUAUGAUGGUGGUGUACAUACUGGGGAAACAACAGAAACAUUGGAUCAAUAUAAAAAAUCUGUUUUACAAAUUCUAUUUCCAAAUCAAGAUUCUAAAUGAUAUGUUUAAAAAAUUCAUGAGAAAAUUUUUUUUUUCUGUUUGCUUUUGAAAUCUUGUAAUAAUCUAAUUAUAGAAUAAAUUGUCAA